GCCAGGCCAGGUAAGCACUAUCAAUGAGCCACACACCCAGCCCAGUAAUUGAUCUUUGAUACUGGUCCCUUAGAUACCUCAGUGGUAAAACUAAGAUCACUUAACCCUUUUGUCUGUGCCUUAGGAAACUCUGGGUAGAGAACAAUUAUUUAUAAGCAAAUAUAAAAUGUCUAAACUCAUUUAUUAUGAACGAAGGAUAAUGAGGGAAAACUUGGACUUUUUUUCUUGAAUUAAAGGAAAAAUGAGUCACAGGCAAAGGAUUGAAUUGAGAAAGAGUACCCUCAAUAAUUCAGAAACGAGGAAAAGUCAUAGUAGGCAGGAGAGAAUUCUGUCCUGCUCAGAGAUCCCUAGGAAAUCCCUGUCCCCUCCCCCGGUCUCCUGCCAGAAUGUUGGGUUUCAAAGAAUGAACGGAUUAACGGAUAUCAGUACUAAUGUGGUCUCAAGAGAAGGAAGGUAAUUGGCCUGAUUUAUAGUACUGGCCGAAUCUUACAGGCCUACAUGGCUCAUCUCUCCACGAAUGUUAAAGAAAUUUAGUCAAGGAACAUGACAGCUGUUUCUGUUGAAAGGAUUUCCUGUGCUAUGGAAACCAUCCAAGACCAGGAGGGAAGCAAGAAUAAAGAGAUACACCCUGAAGGCAAUAAGAUUCAGAGUUGGAUGGAAACCACCCAAAAAGAAGCCAGCACAGAUGUGGGGAUGAUAUGUAAGUCUCUGAGAUUCAUGUCAGGGAGAGCUGCCACAGAGAGACACAGACCCUGUAUCAUCAUUUGGGUCAUGUCAGUGGCAGCAUCACUGAGAAACUCUGCCUCCAUCUUAUCAUCUCUACAGAAAAAUCAAGUGGCCUUCACAGAAGUGAAGAUAAAUUUUCUGAUUUGGAUUCCCCAGAAGUGGAACUUGAGGCUGGGUCCAGUGCCAGGACAUUCAUGUAUCAGGUUAGGGAUCUUGAUGCUGUUGGUCAUUUUUUUGCCAAGCAUGCACUGUUACCUGGGAUCAGUAUCUUAUUCUUUCUAUGAAAUAGUCAUCCCCAAGAGUCUGACAGUGGAGGGGCAUGAAGACCCAGUGGGAAAGGCAUCGUACAUGCUGUUUAUGCAGGGCCAAAAGCAAGUGAUUCACCUCAAAGUGAAAAGAGACUAUUCUGUAAGUAACUUCCCCAUCUACAGUUACCACAAUGGCAUCCUGGGGCAAGAAGCGCCUUCCAUCUCACAGGACUGCCACUAUGAGGGCUACAUAGAAGGAGCGCCAGGGUCUUUUGUUUCUGUCAACACCUGUUUGGGCCUCAGGGGCAUCCUGAUUAAGGAGGACACAUCCUACGGCAUCAAGCCCAUGCUCUCUUCCAAACAGUUUGAGCAUGUGUUAUACACCAUGGCACAUCAAGCUCGAGUCUCCUGUGGUGUCACUUCCCAAGACAGACCAGUGUCCACCAGCCAGCACCAAGGGAGCAGGAAUCCUCUUCCACUACAGGCACUGUCCUACUUGUGGUCACGCACCAAGUACGUGGAGAUGUUUGUCGUUGUCAACAACCAGCGGUUCCAGAUGUGGGGCAGUAACAUCAAUGAGACAGUCCAGAGAGUAGUGGACAUCAUUGCUCUGGCCAAUGUCUUCACCAGGGGAAUAAACACAGAGGUGGUGCUGGCUGGAAUGGAGAUCUGGACCGAGGGGGACCUCAUAGAGGUCCCAGUGGACCUGCAAGUUACACUCAGGAAUUUCAACAGCUGGAGACAAGAGAAGCUCUCGCACCGUGUGAGGCACGAUGUUGCCCACAUGAUCGUUGGGCAUCAUCCUGGAGAGAACAUGGGCCAGGCAUUUCUCAAUGGUGCCUGUUCAGGUAGUUUUGCGGCGGCCGUGGAAUCCUUCCAUCACGAAGACAUCCUCCUGUUCGCAGCGCUCAUGGUCCACGAGCUCGGGCACAACCUGGGUAUUCAGCACGACCAUGAGGCCUGCAUUUGUAAAGAUAAGCACUUUUGCCUCAUGCAUGAAAACAUCACCAGAGAAAGUGGCUUCAGCAACUGUAGCUCUGACGACUUCUACCAUUUCCUUCAUGAACACAAAGGGGCCUGCCUCUUUAACAAGCCACGGCACAGAAGCCGCAAGAGGGAGGCUGCUAGGUGUGGUAAUGGUGUGGUUGAAGAGGCGGAGCAGUGUGACUGUGGUGACAAAUGUGACACUCACCCAUGCUGUGACACACUUUGUAAACUGAAGGAGGGGGCUCAGUGCAGUAAUGGACUCUGCUGCCAUAGAUGUCUUCUCAAAGAGAAGGGCACUUUAUGUCGUCGUUCUCGAGAUGAGUGUGAUCUCCCUGAAUAUUGUGAUGGUCAAUCUGAAAAAUGUCCUGUGGACAGCUACAAACAAGAUGGCUCAUUGUGUGACAGAAUUUACUAUUGUACCAGGGGGCAGUGUAGAAACCCUGAUAAUCAGUGCCUGAGUAUAUAUGGUCACCCUGCACGAUCUGCCCCAGAAGAAUGUUAUAUUUCAAUGAACAGGCACCCAAGUCGGUUUGCAAACUGUGGCCAUCGUACUUCAACGACCUCAGCAUAUGUUAGGUGUACAGAUGAAAAUAUAUUUUGUGGAAAAAUUAUAUGUACAGGUGUUGCAACCAUGCCAAGAAUCCAACCCAAACAUACACUGAUCCAGGUUGCUCAUGGUAAUGACUGGUGCUGGGCCAUGGAUGCCUAUAACCUUACUGACAUCCUUGAUGAUGGUGAUGUGCACCAUGGCACUUACUGUGCUCCAAACAAAGUUUGCAGUGCUCACUCCUGUAUUGAUCAAGCUGUGCUCCACUAUGACUGUGAACCAGAGAAACGAUGUUAUGGAAAAGGAGUGUGUAACAAUUUCAGGCACUGUCAUUGUGAAGAUGGCUUUGCACCUCCUGACUGUCGGCGUCCAGGGACUGGGGGUAGUAUGGACAGUGGCCCUCCUGGUAAGCCAAAGUCCCUAAAACAACGCAACGAUAAUUAUAAAGAAACCCGGAAUAGUGAGGAUGAUGAAGCACGCCUUAAAAUGUUGAUGAUCGCUAUCCCUGUAGGUCUCAUCACAUUAUUGUGUACUCUAAUGCUACUUGCUUACCUCUGGUCUGAAAUACGGUCAAUGCUGUCACGUGAUUCAGAGUCAUCUAUAGCCCCAGCAAAGGCGGCCCCAGCACCCAAAGGGGCCCCACCGCCCAAAGGGGCCCCACCACCCAAAGGGGCCCCUCCUCCACCUGCCCCGGAGGAGGCCCCACCACCUGCCCCGGAGGAGGCCCCACCACCUGCACCAGAGGAGGUACCACCAGAGUAGGCCCCACCACCAGUAGCCCCAGAAAAGCCUGCACCAAAAGAGGAAGCAGGUGAAGGAUAUGAAAAAGAAAAGGCAGAAAAAAAAAAAGAGAAAAGGCAGAAAUUUACUGGAAGUUGAAGCCAAAUAUGUUAAAUCACCCCAGGCAUGGAGUGGGGAAAGUGAAGUGAGAAUUACCUGCACCGACUGGCUCUGACGGGACUGUAUUAUACUAAUUUGGGAGAAGGGAUUUCUCCACUUUCAAUAUUCAUUUUAGUAAAUUUAUUAUAUUUUCAUAUAUGAAAUCACGAGAUAAUCUUAUUUUUUUCUUUUUACACGUUACCUGAAGCGGUUUUAUUUAAGCUCUUUUCAUGGAUCAUUGCCAUCAGUGUCUUUUACCAAUAGGGCUGAUUUUGAGACAACUGAAAUGGUUCUUCAGGGUAUGCCAUCUUCCAUCUGAAUUGGUUGACAAUGUAUUAUCUGAACCUACAUUGCUAUCUCUGGGUUAUUUAUCACAGUCAUAACCACUGUUAUGUAAGGAAUAUUAUAUUUGUGAUUAGAAAAUUCAAAUUUGCCCUGUCAGAUUCUGUUCAUGAAACAAUAGAGGUGAUUUUAAAUGAAUAAAAGGCUUUUUUUUUUUUUCCCAGAUGAAGCAGCACUCUAGACUCCAGGUAGCUUAGAAUUUGGGGUCCUUUGUACUGGGGCUCCCUGGAAUGGCAAGGCCUAACCCAUGGAGGUCUAACUCAGCCAGGCCAAGUGUUUGGGGAAGGGAAGGCAACUUACUCAGGAAGCCCCUUCAGUGUUGAGUUCACAUUUCAAAUAUUUAAUUUUUCAUUUGAUUUCUUAGUUUUUCUUUUAAAUUUGAUAUUUUGUAUACAGAUAAAUACUGAUAAGAACAUCUUUAUAUAUAAGACAGCUUUGAUGUGAUUAUUUCUCUGAAAAAUAAGCACAGAGCAAGUAUAAUAUUAUAAUAUUACUGUUUCUUUGCCAAGCACUCUGUUAAACACUGCUUUUACUUCUUAAUCUUCCUAACUGCCCUGUGAAUACACCAUCUUGUACAUAAGGAAAAACAUAAGAGCUUGCUGUGGAACAAGCUAGUAAGUGGUAGAACCUGCAUCCCCUUCCCCCAGAUAAGACCCAAACUACAAUCUCUGCAGAACUGUGAGCCUUUUAUUCAUCAAAAAGUGAGGGGAAGACAUUUAAUACAUCCUUAAUUACCCAGCUUAUGGGAUUCCUGAAAACCACCUUACCAGUGGAUAUUGACUUCUAUCAAGAACUCACUACAUUGUGUAGGCAUUAUGGAUUAGAAUGUCUUUAAAGUGGGCAAUUAACUGUAGAAGCAGAGAACCCUAAACAACUCUCAUGAUUUGCCAAGCAGGUGGCAGUGGGAGCUUGUAGGAGGAGCUGAAGUGGUGGUGUUGAGAAGAGCCUGGAAUCCCAGGAGCCUGUGAGGUGGAGCUUUAGAGAUUUGCUGAUGGAGCAGAUGUAGAGAAUGAGAGAAAGGCAUCAGAGAAGGCUGACACUGGUGGCUUUGCCCCAAACAACUGAAAGAAUGUAGGUGGCAUUACUAAGAUGGGGAUGCGUGUGGAAAGCAUAGGUACUAAACAUGUUUAGAAUGAGAUGCCUGCCUAACACCAAGUGGGCAUGGCUCCUAGGCAGUGAGAUGACUGGGCUCCCUGGAAAUCAGGAGAACCAUCAGCCAGGAUGAGUAUCUGAGAGCUGAGUAUACCCAAUAUUUCAAGGCAUGGGGAUGGCUGACACUGCCCAAGGGAGGAAGUUUAGCUAGAGAAGGGAUCUGAGAACUGGAAAGUUUCAAGAUGGCAGAAUCGAGGAGAUUGCUUUCCUGGACUCUUCAUGGAGUGAAACCAAAAAAGCAGAUAAAACAGCUUCUUAGCAAGGUGGGCGAGCUAAAAAAAAAAAAAAAAAAA